CCCGCGGUCUUCCUCUCCCACGCAGAGAGCUAGCAGGCUGUGCUGGAGUGGUACCUCUGUCUGCCAUGAAGGUAACAGGGGUGUUUGUGAAGGCGGCUCUAGCCCUUUGCUGCUGCUUAGGUAUUGCCUUUGGAGUUGAGGUUGAUUGCAGCCAGUAUCCCAGCGGCAUCGGCAAGGAUGGGACGGUCUGGGUAGCUUGCCCAAGGAACUUGAAGCCAGUCUGUGGCACCGACGGCACCACGUACAGCAACGAGUGUGGGAUCUGCCUGCACAAUGCGCAACAUAGGACCAGUGUGGAGAAGGCACAUGAUGGAGAAUGCGAGCCGAAACCUAUUGUGAUUGAUUGCAGUAGGUACCAAAGAAUUGUAAAGGACGAUCACAUCAUGGUAGCAUGCCCAAGGAUACUGAAACCAGUCUGUGGCUCAGAUAGUUUCACUUAUGACAACGAAUGUGGGAUCUGUGCCUAUAAUGCAGAACAUCACACCAACAUUAGCAAAGUGUAUGAUGGACAAUGCAAGGAGACUGUAAGUAUUGACUGCAGUAAGUACCCAACAACCACUGAAGAUGGCAAAGUACUAGUAUCCUGUCCAAGGAUCCUGAGUCCAGUUUGCGGCACAGAUGGCAUUACGUAUGAUAAUGAAUGCGGGAUCUGUGCCCACAAUGGAGAACACAGGACCCAUGUUGGCAAAAAGCACAAUGGAAAAUGCAGACAGGAGACUUCUGAGAUUGACUGCAGUCGAUACCCAUCAAGAAUGAUUAAGGGUGAUAAAGCCCAGGUACUCUGUCCAAGGAUCCUGCUCCCAGUCUGUGGCACAGACGGCUUUACUUAUGACAAUGAAUGUGGCAUCUGUGCCCAUAACGUAGAACAUGAGACUCACGUUAAGAAAAGCCACGAGGGAAGAUGCAAGGAGGAAAGUAUUCCUAUUGACUGCAGCACCUACCUGAGCAAUACCAAAACCGGCGAAGCCGUCACAGCCUGCCCCUUCAUCCUGCACGAGAUCUGCGGGACAGACGGUGUCACCUACAGCAACGAGUGUGUGCUGUGUGCCCAUAACAUUGAAUUUGGAACCAGUGUUGCCAAGAAGCAUGAUGGAAGGUGCAUAGAGGAAGUUCCCCAACUCAACUGCAGCCAGUACUCAGUUUCCACACUGAAGGACGGCAGACAGGUGAUGGCCUGCACGAUGAUCUACAGUCCCGUCUGCGGUACUGAUGGUGUCACUUACGCCAGUGACUGUACACUCUGUGCUCACAACCUGGAAUAUCGGAGUAACGUUGGCAAAACAAAGAACGGACGCUGUGAAGGGGAUAUUACAAAAGAGCAUUGCAAGGACUUCUUGGAAGUCUCUCCUAUCUGCACCAUGGAAUAUUUUGCUCACUGUGGCUCUGACGGCAAAACAUACGGCAACAAAUGUCUUUUCUGCAAUGCCUACCUGGAAAGCAAUAGGACUCUCAACCUUGUCAGUAUGAGUGAAUGCUAA